CAGAGAGAGAGAGACAUUUAAAGAGUCACCGCAGCUCUACGACUCUACACUGCAGUACUACACUUAACUAAGUUUUACUAGCACUUAAGCUUUACUAGCACUUGUGUCUUAGUUUUCUUUAUGUAAUACUUACCAGUUAGGUUUCCCAAAUCAGCUCGUGUGAGGAAGCGGCUUGGACAACAUUGCGCGUGUUUCUCAGCAGUGAACAGUCUUACAGUAUUGCAUUCAGUGUAUUACUGUAAUUUUACAGCAGUAUUAGAGUAAACUCAUCAUUGUUGAAGAUGAAGGGAGUGUGCGUGUUGCUGCUGCUGCUGUUCUGCGCAUGCGCAAAGUUCGCCGGAGCCUGCAGCUGUUCUCCUGCGCAUCCUCAGCAGGCUUAUUGCGAUGCCGAUGUCGUUAUAAGAGCCAAACUAGUCGAAAAGAAGGUGGUGGUGACUCGCAAUGACGCCAAAAUGGUCCAGUACGAUGUCAAACAGAUCAAGAUGUUUAAAGGUCCCGAUCGGGAAGUGGAUACCAUCCUCACAGGUUUCUCCUCAUCUUUAUGUGGGGUUAAUCUUGAGACCAGUGGUGAAAAUGAAUAUCUGAUCACAGGUCGUCUGGUUUCAAAUGGCACAUUAAGUGUCAAUCUUUGUGACUAUGUUAAAACUUGGGAGUCUCUAAGUAUGACUCAGAAAAAGAGUUUGGGUCAGCGCUAUCAGAUGGGCUGCGACUGCAAGAUCGUUCAGUGUCCUUCAAUUCCCUGUUCCAUUAAUAAUCCCAGCGAGUGUCUGUGGACUGACUGGGUGAUGGAGGAAAAGCUUCAAGGCAGCCAGGCUCAGUACAACACCUGCAUUAAGAGACAUGAUAACAGUUGUGCAUGGUACCGUGGAUUUGCCCCACCUAAUCGAGAGUUCAUGGACAUCGAGGAUCCAUAAAGUAGUCUCCGCUGUCAUCAACUAUCCUGUCAAGAAAAUGUCCUGCUUUUUAUCUGACAAUAAUAAAAAAAACAUUAUAAACAUUG